CCUCAAAAAAGCGUAAAAGAUAUGAUUCUUCUUCAAGUUCCGAGUCUGAUGAAGAGUACAUUUCUGCUUCUAAGGAUUCAUAAAUUGAUUCUAACUUAAAGGAUUUGUCCGAUCUUUUUUCUGGGGAUCUUUUGACUACUGUUAGCAAUGACAACCUUAAUCGUGCUUUCAAAAUGGUUUUCAAGAUAUGUGAUGCCCCUAUUUUAGAUGCUCCAUCUCUUCGUUGGGCUAACUCUGCGAUAAGUCCAAAUCUCCAAUUUACUCUUGGCUCUUUGGACGCUCGUUUGGCUUAUGUAAUCUCCUUCGAUUACCAGAGGAAAAUCUCUAAGCUUGAUCGAGAGAAUGCCAAACUUAAGGAUGAAAACUCUCAACUUAAAGAUGAUAAUUCCACACUUAAGGAUGAGAAUUCCAGGCUUAAAGAUGAAAACUCUAUUAAUCAAGAAUUGGUUCGCAAAUCUCGUGAAAGGAAUAAUGAAAUUAUUGAGAAAGAGAAGGAUUAUCUUAACCAAAUUGAAGAUUUUAAGGCUCACUUGGAUUCUAAACAAGAAAAAUUGUCUUCCCGUAACUCCAAAUAUAGCCAAGUGAAGAAGAAUUUCGUUACUAUGGUUCAAAAUAACAGUAAUUAUGCUAAUCGUGCUCGUGAGGCUGCUGUUAAGAAGGUUUGCCUUGAGAAUAAUAUCCCUCUUUCCAAGUAUAAGUUUCCAGAAAUUCCCAUAUCUUGGAUAGUGAAGGAGAAGAUGAAGAUUCUGAGGAAAAAAUUAGCGAAUCUGAGGUUGAGCGAGAUGAAGAAACCACAUCGUUAUUGUAAUCUUCUUGCUAUCAAAUGA